ACUGAGCGAGUCAAUUGAUGGAGGGAUAAAAGGCAAAAAAAAUAUGCAUUGACACGGGGUUUCAGGGCAGAGAGAGAGAGAGAGAGAGAGAGGGAGAGGUGAGCUGAGACCUCGGGCCCUACUGCUGAGGGCCUUUACCUGGAGCCAGCAGCCACCGGGCCCUGAGGGCCCACAACAGGACCAGCAUGUCUCUCAACUACAUCAAGAACUUCUAUGAAGGAUGCCUCAGGCCUCCUACGGUGAUAGGCCAGUUCCACACCUUGUUCUUCGGCUCGGUGCGGAUGUUCUUCCUGGGCGUUCUCGGCUUCGCUGUCUACGGAAAUGAAGCUCUGCACUUCAGCUGUGACCCCGACCGCCGGGAGCUCAACCUCUACUGCUACAACCAGUUCAGACCCAUAACACCCCAGGUCUUCUGGGCGCUACAGCUGGUGACCGUCCUGGUUCCCGGGGCGGUCUUUCACCUCUACGCAGCCUGUAAGAACAUCGACCAGGAAGAGAUCCUCGAACGACCCAUCUACACCGUCUUCUACAUCAUUUCUGUUCUUCUACGCAUCAUUCUGGAAGUCAUCGCCUUCUGGCUACAAAGCCACCUCUUUGGCUUCCAGGUCCACCCGCUCUACAUGUGUGACGCCAGCGCUUUGGAAAAGGCCUUUAAUGUGACUAAGUGCAUGGUGCCCGAACACUUUGAAAAGACCAUCUUCCUCAGCGCCAUGUACACCUUCACCGUGAUCACCAUCCUCCUGUGUGUCGCCGAGAUAUUCGAGAUACUCUGUCGACGGCUCGGUUACCUCAACAACCAAUGACACAAACACGCGAGCGCACAUCAGACGACUAAUGGGACGAAAAUAUAUAUAUACAUGACGCUGAUUCUGCCAGUUUUUAAUCGGGCUCUUGGUUAGCUACUGCUGGACUUUUAUAAAACAAACAGGAAGCUGACGUAAGAGCGAAACCUCACCUGUGGUCCAUCGUGACAGCGUCAUAGCUGGCAAGUCUGAAAUAUUCUCUGGGUGUUUUUGCCCUUCGCUAUAGAGUGAGCAUCCCUCGUCGUAUUUCAGAUAUCAGUGGGUCUGUACUGGCUGUGUCCAAGGUCUUGUAUGGACGUGAUGGCCAGAGAAUAUGCACCUCUGACUCUGAUCCAUUGGGGGAUGGGAUAGAAAGACAGGAACUCCCGGGGGCCACUGAAACUGUGACCACGGUUGAAUUAAAGCACAAGGAAAGCCCAGUUUGUCACAGACGUGGUGGCCCGUAAAAACCCUCCGAUCUGAUACUUCUACACACCCUGGAAGCAUUAUCUGCACAUUAAAGGCCUGGUGUGCACUAGAAUG